AUGUCCCCAUCAACUUCGUCAGCAUCGACUUCAUCAGCAGCAUCAUUAACAACCACAACACUACCAUCAUUGUCAGAUUGGUCAACAUCGGAAGGCUCGACCAAUACGGUCAAACGUAAAAGUUUGAAGAAUUCGAAAAAAUCGCGAAAUGGUUGUACUACUUGUAAAGUCAAAAGGGUCAAAUGUGACGAGACCAAACCCUCGUGCUUAAAUUGUUUAAAAAGAAAUAUUGACUGUGGCGGAUAUGCCACGAAGUUCAAGUGGAAACUGUGUAAUGAAGUUAAAAGCUCGGUAGUCAAUGAAGAUUCUUUACAGCUGCAUUUCGAAUUGGCAAAGGAUUCAAUUACAACAAAUCAUCGUCAAAACGUUGGUCAAAACGUUGGUCAAGACCAUCAUUUGGUGUCUGUCGGCAAGGAACACCCAAAUUACCGGACAAAAAUUGAUGAAAAUACCUGUAGCGAGAGUGAAAACUCUUUGCGCCUAGAAUCUAGUGGAGUUGGUGGUAAUGAAUGUCAUCCUCAAGCAUCAUUUAGACGAGAUUCAAAGGAUUUGGAGUUCUUAGCCGAUACUGCGCUUGGUGAGCAUGAAAAAACAAAAAACCCCACACAUUCGCCAAAUUUACUGUCUGCAAUUAGUGGUACAGGUAUUGUUGGAAAAGAGGAAAGAGCAGCAAGCAUUGGAAGAUUUGACAGUAUGGGGAAUUUAGAAAGAUUUGAGGGAAUUCAGGCUGUUCAGAGUAUUGGGAGUAUAGGAAGUAUUACUAGUCUGGAGUACCUUACACCCGUUGCUCACGAUCAGAAUCAACCACUUUUGGAGCGAUGGUCGCCAUCUUUGAGUGCCAUUUUAAAUGCCUCUAAUCAGGAUGAAAUAAUAAAUCAUCUAGAGUUUGAUUUUAUGAGAGAUAAAGGAAAUGAAACAAACUCAGUUGGUUUCUUAAUUGGCUCACCAAAAUUCAAUUUGAAUGAGUCGUUAGUAAACUCGGCAGAAAAAGAGCAGAUUUUAUUCUUGUACUCAAAUCAUACGUCGGGUAUUAUGUCCAUAAAGAAUGGGCCAUUUGAAAACCCGUGGCGAAAUGUAAUCUUACCUUUUGCUCGAAAAUAUGACUGUUUAUACAACUCCAUAGCGGCAAUGACAUUAUUUCAUCUUUCGGGAAGUAAAGAUGUUGGUGCUGGAACACCUCAGGAAUUACAGCAUCGCGCACAAAAUUUCAUGAAAAAGUGCAUAUUGGAAUUAGCCAAAGGUUUAUCAAAAACUGAGCACACAUCUUCCUCUGGAUGCCAACUUCCAGCUGAUAUUGCUCUUGCUACUUGUUUAAAUUUGGCGGUAUCAGAAGGAUGGGACACUCAUACAACCAGCGGCAUAGCGCACUUGAAGGGCGCCAAAACGAUGAUAAACAAGAUUAUGCAAAUCUUGAAAUUGUUAGCAAACACUGGUUCUUGUCGCAAUCGAAGAUCCGUUGUUGAGCAAAAUGUGAAAAUUAUUGAAUUGGAUGACAACGAUGGUAAAGAAGAUCAGAGCGUGGGCUCAUUAGUGUUUGUUAGUCCUAAUGAGUAUGAACGAGUUAUGAAUGAAAAUACUUUAAAAGUUCUGUUUAUACCAAAAAGUAUUCAAUUUCUUUUCAAUGUUUGGAUUUAUUUUGAGGUUUUGGCUCAGAUGACUACUGUCAAUAACCACGACGAUAAAGGUAUUGAUUUGGUUGCCACAAUUACCGCAAUGCUGCAAGUAAAGAAUAAAACACGACAAGGGUCUUUCACUAGUGAAGCUUCUGACGAUUCAGCUUCGCUUGAAGAUGGAUCUUCGCAAAGUUCACCAGAUUUUUUUUUCCCACAUUUUGAGAACUCGGAAUUUGAUUCGGAAAUGGUUGAUCCACUUUUAGGAUGUGGGCAGGGCUUAUUUUCAAUAAUAGGAAAGGUGGCAAACUUGGUGUCAAAGAUACGAAAGCAGAAACAGAAGGAAAAGGAGCAAGGUCAUUUGAAGAGAAGAAACUCACUCAGUACAAUUACGCAAGCAACCGAGUUGCGCCAUUUGCUUUUGAAAUGGACAUCUUCAAUCACCAAUCAACAUCUUGCAACAGGCGGCAAUGGAGAUGAGGGUGAGGAUGGAGAUACAAUGAAUUCCAGAACAUGGGAUAUUGCUUCUUGUAUCGCUACAGCAGAAGCGUACCGUUACUCAACGCUCAUUUUCUUACACCAAGCAGUUCCUGAGUUGCCAUCUUUGUCUUCUCAUGAUAUGGCUGAGAAAAUACUUGUCUUGCUUGCUUCUAUUCCAGCGUCGUCAAAUUUGAGAAUUGUUCAUAUUUUACCGCUCUUAAUAGCCUCGUGUGAGGCUCAUGCUGGGGAAGAAAGAGAUUGGUGUGCAACAAGAUGGAAGGAAAUGUCGAGAACAUUGUGUAUCGGGAAUGUCGAUAGGGCAUUUGAAGUGGUGAAAGAAGUUUGGUUGAGGAAGGAUGCAUUGUUGAAAAAGGAGUCAAUCGCGAAACUGCAUAAUCUCGGUGUUGGCUCGCCAUUGAAUUUUAUGCAAUUGUCAGACUUUGGUGGUGACUGUAAAAUCGAGGUGGGGUACAACAAGUAUAACGAUGCUGGUAUUGAAUCUAGUACACAUUGGACAAAUGUAAUGAAAGAUUGGGGCUGGGAAGUAUUCUUAGGAUGA